GGGCUUGCAGGCAGCAUCUGGAGCCUGUGCCUCUCCCUGUCCGAGGCAGCUGGAUUUGGAGGGAAGCGAAACUAAAAGGAGGUGGCAGAGAGAGACAGAGGCACAGCAAAAUGCAUGCAUGUUAGAGGAGGGACCUUCCCAGAAUGAGAGUACAGUGGGAUCCAGAAGAGCGGGGACACCAAACUGUCAGGCAGCGGUGGCUCGGCCGGGUAGGAUAAACCUGAAUUUCUGCUCUGAUUGGCACUGGAAACAAGUCCGGUGAGAGCCCAGCUGUAGCAAGAUGGGAUCUGCCUCCUCCACUUACCGGCCCAAAUGUAUUUAUUUGGACAUUGAUGGAAGAAUUCAAAAGGUGAUCUUCAGUAAAUACUGCAAUUCCAAAGAUAUUAUGGACCUUUUCUGCAUUGCAACAGGGUUACCAAGGAACACGACCAUCUCCCUUCUGACAGCAGACAACUGCAUGGUGUCCAUUGACCCCACGAUGCCUGCAAACACAGAGAGGUCUCCAUACAAAGUGAUACCAGUUGUGACUGAGCAGCCCUCAGAAAAAGAAGAAUUGUUCCAGAAUUUGUUGGGACAGAUUGCCGAGCAGUUCUCGAGGGUUUUUAAAAUCAACGAGCUAAAAACGGAAGUAGCCAAUCACUUGGCAAUGCUGGAGAAAAAGGUGGAAUUGGAAGGCCUGAAAGUGGUGGAGAUUGAGAAAUGCAAGCGUGACAUUAAAAAGAUGAGGGAGGAAAUGGCAGCAAGGAACAGCAGGACUAACUGUCCCUGCAAGUACAGCUUCUUGGAAGAAAGCAAGAGGCCAGCUCCCCGGCGGGAUGUGCCCUCCUACCCAAAGUACAUGCUGUCCCAGGAGACCAUCGAGGCUCUGCGGAAACCGACCUUUGACGUCUGGCUGUGGGAGCCCAACGAGAUGCUGAGCUGUUUGGAGCACAUGUACCACGACCUUGGGCUGGUGAAAGACUUCAACAUCAAUCCCAUCACCCUGAAGAGGUGGCUGCUGUGCAUUCACGACAAUUACAGAAACAACCCCUUCCACAAUUUCCGGCACUGCUUCUGCGUGACCCAGAUGAUGUACAGCAUGAUCUCCCUCUGCAGCCUCCAGGAGAAAUUUUCCCAAAUUGACAUUUUGAUUCUCAUGACGGCAGCAGUGUGCCAUGACUUGGACCAUCCAGGCUAUAACAAUACCUACCAGAUCAACGCGCGGACGGAGCUGGCCGUGCGCUACAACGACAUCUCCCCGCUGGAGAACCACCACUGCGCCGUGGCCUUCCAGAUCUUCUCCCAGCCAGAGUUCAACAUCUUCUCCAACGUGGACCAGGAGCAGUUCAAGCAGAUCAGACAGGGGAUAAUUACGUUAAUCCUGGCUACAGACAUGGCGAGACAUGCAGAAAUACUGGACUCUUUCAAGGAAAAAAUGGAAAACUUUGAUUACACUAAUGAAGAACACAUGACCUGUCUGAAGAUGGUGCUGAUCAAGUGCUGUGACAUCUCCAACGAAGUCCGCCCGAUGGAAGUGGCAGAGCCCUGGGUAGAUUGCUUACUGGAGGAGUAUUUUAUGCAGAGUGACAGGGAGAAGUCGGAGGGGCUGCCGGUGGCGCCGUUCAUGGACCGCGACAAAGUCACCAAGCCCACGGCGCAGAUCGGCUUCCUCAAGUUCGUCCUCAUCCCCAUGUUCGAGACAGUGACCAAGCUGUUCCCAGAAGUGGAGGAGGUGAUGCUCCAGCCUCUGUGGGAAUCCAGGGACCACUACGAGGGGUUAAAGCAGAUAGAUGAUGCUAUGAAAGAGCUGCAGAAACAGAAAAGUGAAGGUCUGACGUCCAGCAGUACUGAAAAGUGAGAUGAAACAGCCUUUGAACAAAAAAACCACGAGCCC